AUGGUUCGAACCAGAGGAUCCAUUAAGAGGAAAACUCGGUCCGGAGUGAAGUUCACAGAUAAAAAUCCUCUCUGUAUUGUCGUGAAUCCAACGACAAGCUAUGAUGAACUUGUUCGAUCUGUGCUGACGAAACUUGGUCUGGAAGGUGCGAAGCGAGUUAAGAAGUUUUUCUACCGCAUUCCAGUAACGAUCCUGCACGAUACGGUGAAGUAUGAUUGUCUGACGAUUGGUAGUGAUGAGGACCUGCAAGUCAUGUUUCUAUGUCGGAGGCAAUUUCUGGAGGUGAGGACACCGGAAUUGCUGGCAAAGCUGGUUGAUGUUGUAUCCAGCUCGGGGGGUUCGAACCGGAAUACCACCGAUGUAGCCACGGUAGCUGGUUCCAGUUCCAGGGCUGCCGUGGCCUCGACCUCCAUCCCAGUGUACGAGCCAGCGGUCCAACUGGUCGCCUCCCUGUCUUUCGCUGUUGAUCUGAAUGACGGCGUAGGCGACGAGGUAGGAUCCUUUGAUAUUAUGCCGAACGCUUUGCAUGGCGUUCCACCGGUUGGCGUCGGAGACGGAGUAUUGGGUGAUGCAGAUGACGACGAUGUCGAGCCGGAUACGAUUGAGGAUGACAGCGGCGACGAGGUUGGAGCGUCUGGGCCUGCAUUGGCGGGCGGUGGUUCUAGCUCUGGCACACAGCAAUAUCCACCACAUUUUUCCUCGUUGGACCUAGACGCCAUGAGGAAUGAGAUUUACAAGGUCGUUGAGUCCGAUCAUCGCCGGUAUGUGGGCAAGUGUUCCGAGUUCGGGAAUGGUUGCACAUGGUUGAUUCGUCUGAGUCUCCGAAAGCGCAAGGACAUUUGGGAGGUUAAACGUUACAACGGACCACACACUUGCCUGGCCACGUCCAUCUCGAGUGACCAUAGGAGUUUGGAUUAUCAUGUGAUUUCGGCCUUCAUUAUGCCAAUGGUAAGGGCUGACGCAUCCGUGAGCAUCAAGGUCCUCCUGAACGCCACGGCAGCGCACUUUGGUUUUAGGUCGACUUACCGGAGGGUAUGGAUGGCAAAGCAGAAGGCUAUUGCUCUGAUCUACGGUGACUGGGAUGAGUCAUACAACGACAUACCUAGGUGGGUGUUGGGUGUCCAGCUGACGAUGCCUGGUAGUGUUGCGAUCCUUAAGACGAGCCCGGUUCGAGUUGGAGGACAGGACGGGAACUCCAACAUUCUACCUGUCGCAUUCGCACUGGUGGAGGGUGAGAAUGCGGAAUCCUGGACAUUCUUUCUCUCGCACCUUCGACAACACGUGACCCCGCAGCCCGGUCUGCUUGUUAUAUCGGACAGGCACAAUGGCAUCAAGGCUGUGCUUGAGGCCCCUGAUGGCGGUUGGUUACCACCAUCUGCGUACCGGGCAUUCUGCAUACGACACGUAGCUGCCAACUUUGCCCUUACCUUCAAGGGCAAAGACGCUAGGAGGCUUCUAGUGAAUGCGGCUUAUGCGAAGACGGAGGUUGAAUUUCAUUACUGGUUUGAUAUUCUACGAUCUGAAGACCCGGCGAUGUGUGAGUGGGCGAACCGGAUUGAAUACACCUUGUGGACUCAGCAUCGUGAUGAGGGGCGGAGAUUUGGUCACAUGACGACGAACAUUUCCGAGUGUGUGAACUCAAUCCUGAAGGGGGUCAGAAAUCUCCCUGUCGCAUCCCUGGUGAAGGCGACAUAUGGUAGGCUGGCGGAACUCUUUGUUCGCAAGGGGAGAGAGGCUGAGGCACAGAUGGGAACCGGACAACAAUUCAGUCAGUAUUUGGUGAAGAGUAUUGAGGCCAACUUGAAGACGGCAAGAUGCUUCACGGUGACGUUGUAUGACCGGGAUAACUCCGAGUUCACCGUAGCAGAGACCAGUCCGACUGGUUCUUUCUCCUUAGGGACUUACAGAGUUUCACUUGCCUCUCGGAUAUGUGACUGCGGGUACUUCCAGGCGCUUCAUUUCCCGUGUCAGCACGCACUUGCGUGCUGUGCAUACGCACGGGUCACAUGGACCUCUUACGUUCAUAGCGUGUAUCAGAUUAGUUCGGUGUUUAAUGUGUAUCGGAUUAGUUUCACACCUCCCAUCCCGGAGGGCUACUGGCCACCGUACGAUGGUCCCACGAUGAUUCCAGACCCUGACAGGAGGCGUGCGAGGGAGGGUCGUCCCAGAUCCACUAGGAUACGGACGAAUAUGGACGAGGCAGAUCCGAAUCGGCCCAAGAGGUGCGGCCUAUGUCGUCAACCCGGACACACACGACGUAAUUGCCCACAGGUUGCAGGGUCGUCUCAGACAGGCCGCCAUUAG